CACAUGUGGAUACUAGCGUCCAUCGUGCACAUCACACACAGGCAUGGAAACAUAGGCCUACAGACAAGCAGUCUUUUUCUGUCUCUAUCCAUACAGUCUUAAUCUGAUUAAGGAAAUGUGCUUGUGAAUGAGAAAGGGAGAGAACAGAAAGAUCGGAGGGAGGAGAGUUUGUGUGGAAGGUGACUCAUGGAAGAAGUACACAUCUAGAAAGAACUGCCAGUGAACAUAGUUGUGAAUUCACCUUAUUCUAGAGAAUGUGGUUUCCCCUCUCUGCAGUUUACUCAAUUCCGACCAUGACAAAUCAUGUGUAAUCAUCUCUAAACAUGAGACCAGUGGAACAUAAGACAAUUCACAGACAGACAGACAUUCUCUCAGGAGUCUGUAAUGGAACCUCAGCAUCAGACAGGAAGGAAAGAACAGGGUGAACAGAGAAAGUAGUGGGACCACGUGUGAUGUGAGUCACUGAUGAAUGGCGUCUGCUACCAAUGACUGGAUCAGAAAUAGAAAUAGGCAGGUUCUGGACCUCGUUGAGCAUUCCUGGGCCCCAUCCAGGGGAGAAGGAGGCAUGGCCAAUGGGCCUCACCCUUGACCACAGACAUACGGAUGAAGAACCCAGACGUUGGUAUGAGCAAUGUACAAUGAGCCAAAUAAUGACCCAAAUGAUCAUUCAGGCUGAUCUUCUCUGGUUAGUCAGGCAUUAAUAACAAUCACACAUACAAUCACAUUCUAGUGGACGGUGAGACUGUAUUCACCGCCGGAGGGUAAGGUGUGUCCAGGUGUGUGUGUGUGUAUCCCUGGAUCCUCUGGGUGAUAGCGGGAUGCUGCGGAGGGGUCUGCUGGCCUGGGUGUCCCGUGUGGGCGUUCUGCUGGUCCUAGUGUGCUGCUCUCUGUCCCUCCUCUAUGUCAUGACCUGCAGCCCCCACUCCGAGGACAACCUGGUGAGCCACGCCCUGCCACGCCCCGGGGUGGGGGUCGGGGUAGGAGGGGCAGUAGGGGGCACGGGAGCAGCUCAGAGCGGACCCACUGGGCUGAAUGGAUACCAAGCCAUGCUUGCAGAGCGCGAGGAGCAACACAAGCUCCACAUCGCUAGUUUAAAGAAACAGAUUGCCCAGCUGAAGGAGGCGCUACAGGAGCGCAGCGAGCAGCUGAAAGGAGUUCAAGACUCCAUGGAGCGGGCGGCAGGGGGAGGCCGGGAUGGCCAGUCCCCAGGAGGAGGUAUCCUCGGGGAGGGAGGCCAAGGGCCAGGAGCCGACAGGAGCCACGCUGACCUUCAGGAGUUCCUCCGCAGUCAGCUGGGCCGUUCGGAGGUCCACCAGGGGACUAGACUACCCAGUGAGUACGCCGUGGUGCCCUUCGAGAGCUUCACCCUGCAGAGGGUGUACCAGUUGGAGAUGGGCCUGACGAGACACCCUGAGGAGAAGCCCGUGAGGAAGGACCGAAGGGACGAGCUGAGUGAAGCGCUGGAGACAGCCCUGCAGAGUCUCAACACCCCCCGCAACGGAGCAGACAAGGGCCACACCACCAAGGUCUACUCACCAUCAGACUUCAUAGAAGGUAUCACUCGGACGGAGAAAGACAAAGGUACUGUGUAUGAGCUCACCUUCAAAGGGGACCAGAGACGUGAGUUCAGGAAGCUGGUUCUGUUCCGUCCCUUCGGGCCGCUGAUGAAGGUGAAGAAUGAGAGGGUGGACACGGCUAACGUCCCCAUCAACAUCAUAGUGCCCCUCUCCCAACGGGCCGACAAGUUCAGACACUUCAUGCACAACUUCAGAGAGGUGUGUGUGCGGCAGGACGGGCGUGUCCACCUAACAGUUGUGUACUUUGGGAAGGACCAAAUGAAUGAAGUCAGGAGCACACUGGAGAACACAUCUAGGGAGAUCAACUUUAAGAACUUCACUCUGCUCCAGCUGAAUGAGGAGUUCUCCCGGGGGCGUGGCCUGGAUGUGGGUGCCAGGGCGUGGAAGGGAGGGAACGUUCUCCUUUUCUUCUGUGAUGUCGACAUCUACUUCACCGCUGACUUCCUCAACACCUGCCGACUCAACACUCAACCUGGUAAAAAGGUGUUCUAUCCCGUUCUGUUCAGCCAGUACAACCCAACCCUGAUAUACGGUAACCACGACCACAUCCCUCCAGUGGAGCAGCAACUGGUGAUUAAAAAGGACACAGGAUUCUGGAGAGACUUUGGCUUCGGAAUGACAUGCCAAUACAAAUCAGAUUUCAUCAACAUAGGUGGUUUCGACGUGGACAUAAAAGGCUGGGGCGGCGAGGACGUGCACCUUUACAGGAAAUACCUUCACAGCAACCUGCUGGUGGUGCGGUCCCCGUCUAGGGGCCUCUUCCACCUGUGGCACGAAAAGCACUGCGCGGACGAGCUGCCCCCGGAACAGUACAGGAUGUGCAUGCAGUCCAAGGCCAUGAACGAGGCCUCGCAUGGCCAGCUGGGGAUGCUCUUCUUCCGACACGAGAUUGAGGCACACCUGCGCAAGCAGAAACCCCAGAGGCCAAACCCUGCCAAGAAGACAUGAUGAAGACAUGAUGAGGGAGUCACACAGGACUCUAGACUACAGGAGGAGGGCAUGACAGAAUGACAGUCAGAGACAGUGAGGGGGAAACAACAACAGAACAGAGAUCUAUUGUUAUGAACUGAUGACAUAACAAUACUGACUCACUAUGGAGAAAAAACACUCCAAUAUGUCCUCCGAUGCCAAAACAGACAUAAAAAAGACACCUGUCGUAACUUGAAGAAGUGCAAGCACUGUAAAGACAACAGUGAGAGUCAAAAGGAGCAGCAGAAAGACUUGACUGCUCCGCUGUGUUUUGGUUUAAAAUCAUGUUGACUGACUGACAGCUGGUUUUGAGAAUCAUGAUGAGGCAUCUGCUGAUAUUUCUUGAAGAAGGCUAGAUAAAGACUAUAACUAGAUUUUCCUGUAGCCUAUUAGAGACACCUUGUGGACUGGAAGAGAACAGCAUGACUGUGAAUGGAAUGAGGACACUCUAAAGCUGAAGUCAUGUAAACAGGUCACUUGACUCUACUCAGUACUGAUGGUCAAUCAAUAAAUUAAAACAGGCAUUACUGAGGGUUAUGUAGAGACACAAUGACAACAAUGGAGGGACAUGGAAGCUGUUAGAUAUUAAUUAUUUCUCAAGCUCCACAGAAUCAUUAUACAGAUGUAGUAUCCUAAUUUGAUCACUCCUUUGUUGCUGAGAAUUUUCCUGCACUGCAGCAAAUGCAGAUGAGCUUUGUGAGUUACAUAAAUUCAC